CGGAGCCCGGCAGCAGCUGCAGUUUCCGGUCCGUCGGUGGCAACUUUCCCCGGGCCGAAAAACAAGAGUCGCUGAAACAGGAUAGGUUGUGUAAUUGAGGAUGGAUUGUCUGGAUAAUAUGUUAACAGAACCCUUGGAAUUGGGAUCAGCCAGGGAGAUUAAUGGUGCAGGUAUCAUGGAAGAAUGUUUGCUUGGAGGAACCAGGGUCAGCCUUCCAGAGGAUCUGUUGGAGGAUCCCGAUAUCUUCUUUGAGGUGGUAAGUCGCAGAACCUGGGACGAGGUCCUGUCUCAGGCCCAGCGAGAUCACUUGAGGAAGUUUCUUCCACAGUUCGCUGAGGAUAAUCUGGAGCAGCAGGACAGCAUUAUCACUAGGCUCUUCAAUGGAGAUGACUUCCGGUUCGGAAACCCUCUGCACAUUGCUCAGAAGUUAUUCCGAGAUGGUCACUUCAACCCGGAGGUGGUUAAGUACAGACAACUGUGCACAAAAUCUCAGUAUAAACGUUACCUGUACUCCCAGCAGCAAUAUUUUCACAAUCUGCUCAAACAGAUCCUCGUCUCCCGAAAGGAGUUGCUAGAAUUGGCAAGAAAGAGUGGCCCUCACCUGCCACUAAAGAGGAAAUAUCAUGCAACUUCCAGCCAAGCAGAGCGAGAAGAGGAGAGGAGAGCACGCAGUCGAUAUGAGAAGAUCCUGCGAGAGGUGAAGGAGGAGUGUGAAGAUAACACCAUUUCAUCCGAUGAGGAAGAGAUGUGCUCCUGGUUUCCCAGUUCUCCUACACAUCCCCCAAGUCCCAGUAUAGCUCUGAGAGUUGUACCAACUCUCUCCACACAGGAUAUGAAGACAAUUGGUAAGCUUGAAUUGGGGGAUGAGGAUUUGAAACUGAUGUUAAGGAAGCACAUGGAAAAGCGAAGACGCCAGCCGGACCAUCCGGACUUGGCUACUGGUGACCUGACUCUCAACGACAUCAUCACCCGGAUGAACACUGGACGCAGAGGUUCACUAGCAGCUUUAUUAGAUCUUACAUUUCCAAAGAAAAGGGUGAAAGAUAAAGAAGAGCGGAAGAAAAAGAAAGUAAAAGUGAUAAAAAUGGAGCCAGAUGAUUUGGCUGAGUCGUCGGGAGCAGAGGGACCUAUUGCAGCACCUCCAGAGCAGCAGGUGACACCUAAACCAGUCACUGUUCCUGAACAGACACUUGAUACAGUGAAGCUGACAACGGUUCCUGGAAUCACGGCUUGUUUCUUCAGUCUGCUGCAGGAGAUUUUACUGGCAGAGGGAGAGGCGAGUAUGGCCUGGAUUGAGGAGAAAGUGCUUGACUGGCAGAUCUCUGCUCACAGUGCAUUAAACUCUUGGUUCCCAGAUGCCUCAAACUGGUCAGAACUUGUUCAUUCCGCUCUACGCUUCCUUUCUGGAGAAGGUGCGCGUGGGGUCGCUGCUCUUCCCUCCAAUUUCACUCCAUAUGUAAACUGCAGAGAGCGAGGCCAGCAUUGGAAGUGGAUCGGUUCCGGGCGUGACUCCGAGAAGGAAAUUACUUCGUUGUGUCAGCUGUGGUUCGAGGUCAAGGAUCAAACAUUUCCCAAGGAAUCUGAUGAGCUUCAAGACAUCACACCCCCAACCCCCAGGGUGCGAACAGACUACAUUGUGAGACCCAGCACUGGAGAUGAAAAGCGUGUGUUUCAGGAACAGGAGCGCCAGCGAUACAGCCAGCCCCACAAGGCCUUCACCUUCCGCAUGCAUGGUUUUGACUCGGUUGUAGGCCCUGUGAAAGGAGUGUUUGAUAAGGAUCCUUCACUCAACAAGGCACGAGAACAUUCACUGCUGCGGUCUGACAGGCCGGCCUAUGUCACCAUUCUGUCGUUGGUGCGAGAUGCAGCAGCCCGGCUUCCGAACGGAGAAGGGACACGGGCAGAGAUCUGUGAGCUGCUCAAGGACUCUCAGUUCCUGGCUCCUGAGGUCACCAAUGCCCAGAUUAAUACCGUUGUGAGUGGAGCGCUGGACAGGCUACAUUAUGAGAAAGAUCCGUGUGUGAAAUAUGAUAUCGGGCGCAAGUUAUGGAUCUACCUGCACCGGAACCGGAGUGAGGAGGAGUUUGAACGCAUUCACCAGGCCCAGGCUGCAGCAGCUAAAGCCAAGAAAGCUUUGCAACAGAAACCCAAGAUGACAACCAAGAUCAAGUCCUCUUGUAAGGAGAGUACAACAAAGCUUCCCCUGUGUGAGCAGUCUCUGGGGCCCCAGGCGUUGACAGACUCCAGCUUGCCCCACACACCUGUGACUCCAGUAACCCCCACAUUGCCAGCUACACCCACGUCACCACCAGCAGCCAUAGAUGGCAAUAAAGUCCCGACAACCAGUGCACCAGAACUGGUCAAAUCUGGUCAAAGUGUUUUGUUGAUGUCCUCACCUUCAAUGCCACAGCUUGGGAAUCUUCUAUCUGGAUCACAACCAGGACUUCAUGCUGGACCACAGAGCCAGGCACAGAUGCUGUCUCAGUCAGUAGCUGCGACCGUUCCCCAGGUGCGGGUAGUCACUGCUCAGCACGGCUUAGCUUCUAGUUCACACCCGGCCUCUGUGGUACAGCAAGUGCAACAGCACCAGCAUCAGAUCCGGCUCCCCACCGUCACUGCCUCUGCUCACACUAAAGUGCUACCUCAGUCUAUUCUGACAGUGCCAGUGAAGGCUCAGUCUGGUGUCAGUACUGUUCACAUCCAGCAAAGUUCUACAAAAGCAAAUCUAACAAUGGCUGGGAUCAGCACGGCUUCCAAAACAGUGUCCAGCACGCUCAACAGCGCUGCAUCGAGCUCUGCCACCACCAUCUUACAGAAUGUGGCUGGGCAAAGCAUCAUGAGGCAGGUUGCCAUUGCAGGCCAGCUUGGGAUGAAGGCACAGUCUGGUACUGGAAUCCCAUUGACAGCAACCAACAUCCGGAUCCAAGGGAAAGAUGUUCUGCGGCUGGCACCAUCCUCCAUCACCACUGACUCCAAAGGCCAGACAGUGCUCCGCAUCACACAGGAUAUGAUGGCCACCCUGACCAAGGCACCAGUCACCACAGUCAAACUCACACCAGACAUGCUCGGGUCCAAGGGCAUUUCUGCCACUCUACACGUCACCCCAGCCAUGCAGCCGACAGACUCCCUGGUGAAGACAUCCACCUGCACAAGUGCAUCCACUACCUCCACGGUUGUCAAGGUCACACCAGACUUGAAAGUAACGGAAGCAACAAGUGCUGCUAUCCGGUUGAUGCCGGCGCUGGCUGUAACAGUAGCUGACCAGAUGAGUAAGGCCUGUGCUCCCCUCUCCUCGACUGACACUAAGCCAGCAGCUACCAUCCGCAUAAUGCCUGGACUUGGGGUCAUUCCCAAACCCGGACAGGCCAUUGCCGUGGCAACUUCCAGCAAACCAUUCACAGCUGCUGGUACAAUAACUUCCGCUGCUGUCACACUGACAACAGUAAGCACAGCUGGAUCGAAGGCAAUCACCAAGGUAACGCCAACAGCUGGACUGCCAAUCUCUAUUGGAACAGGUACAGCUACAGUCAGGCAGGUUCCUGUGAGUGCAACCAUGGUGUCCACAACACAGGCGACUAAGCUGCCCGCUACCAUUACUGUGCCUUUGUCAGUACUGAACCAACCUCUCAAAGGAAAAGGGGUGAUGGCAGGGCCAAUAAUCAAGGGCAAUCUUGGGGCAAAUAUCAGUGGACUUGGGAGAAACAUUAUUCUCACGACAAUGCCCGCAGGGACAAAACUGAUCGCUGGCAGCAAGCCCGUCAGCUUUGUUACAGCCCAACAACUGCAGCAGCUGCAACAACAGGGACAGGCCACACAGGUCAGGAUCCAACACCUUCCGUCUCAACAGCUUCACCAAGGAACAUCUAUCAGCUCCACCAAGCCCAUCUCUACAGUCGUCGUAACCACUGCACCGUCAGUCAAGCAGCCACAGGACUAGAGGAUCCUGGAGUAGCUGUCUCAGACACAGACCACAUCAUUUUAUUUAUUAUCUAUACCUUCAACUGGAUGCACAUGUCACAGCUCAGUGCCCAGUGUUGGGAGCCCUACCCCUUCUCUCCCAUCGUGUGUGGACACAGAUUGUAUUCUGCUUCAACCUCUGAAAAUAUAUCAUUAGAGCCUAUGCAGUAAAUCCAAUAAAACAUCUGAGUGAUGAAUAUGUUGCAGCAGGAAUCCUUUCUGACUGACAGGGCUACAGUUGGUCCACAGAUUGAUGCUUCAUUACACAAGCCAGAAGGUACCAGUCUCUGCCAGGCACGCCACUUUCUGCUGAACCUCUAAUAAGUCUUAAUGUUCCUGGCCAAGGGCUCCUCCUGCUUAAUGGUGAAGCUGCUGUUGUGAAGACAAAUUGUAUUGGACAGUCCUGAGGAGUCUUAAGGCAGCUGGUUCCAUGUGAUGGAUCCUCUGUUAGAAGUAGCAGUCUUCUGCGGAACCUCUGAGGUGCUCUGUGAGUAUAGUCCUGUAUACAGAGUCAUGUUUAUUGGAGUGUGCUUACGAUGCUGAAUAUAUGGAUGUUUAAGAUGCUGUAUGUAAAGGACAUUUCAUAUACUGCUCUAACUAAUCAGUUUAUAGUGCUGUCUGCAAUGAUUUUAUGCUGCAGUAUUUGUGCUUUUUGUUACACUGCAUUUAAGGUACUGUAUGUGCAAUACUGUUUUGGAUGCUGUUUACUCCUUUGUGUGUAUACAGUGGUACUUAGUGUGCUCGAUACACAGUGGUGUUCACUGCACAACAAUUUGGUGACAUCCAGUAUAAAUUGGCUUCUACAGUCAGGAUAUUCCUGCUCUCACAGAGGUUUCAGUUUGCUGGCAGUGAGUAACAAGGAACAGGAGCAGGACUGAGCCUUUAGUUCUGUCAGGAUGCUCUGCAUUCAGUAAGGCUAUGGCUGAUCUAAACUCUACCUCCCCAACAUAUUCCCAUAUCUCUUAAUUCCCUAAGUAUCGGAAGAUACGUUCUCAGUGACUGAGCAUCCACAGUCUUGUGAGAGGGGGAAUUCCAGAGUGAAAUAAUUUCUCCUCGUCCUAAAUUCUCACCCGUAUUCAGAGACUGAUCUCUUAAUUCUAGGGAGAGCCAAGGGAAGUACCUUCCUAGUGUCUGUCCUAUCAAUUUUAAGAGCUUUGUUUCAAUUAGCUCACUCUUCAAACCAUGACUGUACAAUCCAAAUAAUGUGAGGAGCUUUUUUCUUUAAUUCAUAAAAACACGAUAUUGGAAGAUUUGCAUUAUGUGCAAUCUGUACUUCACUAAUUAAAUAGCAAGGCAGACACAGUAAUGUGUAAUGGUGAUGUGGGUACACCCAACGCAUACAGGAACAGACAAAAACACAUCAAAUAUGAGUUCAGAGCAAUGGAGUAGGGCAUUUUCUGAAUACCUUGGGUGUUAAGGUUUUCAAGAUGGUAUAUUUUAUCAAAGACACUUAAUGUGAGAUUCUAGAAAUGGGUCAUUAAAUAUCCUUCACCUCUUUAAUAAAAUGAAUGAAAGAGUAUUUUCUAGAUU